CCAGCGCUCGAUGGAGUUUUCUCCAAUGCUGAGGCAGCCAAAAAAACAACCAGUACACACACACAAAGAGCCCCAAUCCACCAACCUAAACCAGGCCACUGUCACAAUGACAACACAAACACCACAGGGGAACAAUAAGCCCCUCUGCUUUCCAGAAGCCCAGGCCACAAUAAAGAGCCAUGCGCCCAGGGACUCUGGCUGUUUGACACAACAGACCACCGAACAGAUUCUCAAGCCACUCAAUGAUGUCUAUGCAUGGUGACUAGCCUUCUUCUGACACACCCACACACACGCUCCCGCAUUCUCUCUUCUCAUACCCGCAUUCUCCAAGAACAAGGGACAUGCCUCUGCCAAGACGUCGAUCCUCCUUCUUGGGCCAGCCCACCGCUGCAGAGCGCCCGGGUAGCGCCAGCACCAGGGCUGGCACCGCGGGCAUCACCACAGCCCCCCGGGGCGUCUUUGUGGGGACAGCCCCCACGAGCAGCGCGUCCAGCCUGGGUACGCGCGUGUCGCGGCGCGCCCUGGGCAUCAGCAGUGUGUUCCUGCAGGGGCUGAGGAGCACGGCCGCGCCUGUGAUGCCCCGCGGGGCCGGGGCUGGUGGCAGGCAGCACCCCGGGGGUGCUGAGAGCCUUAACGCCUGCCUGAUGGAGUACAGGGACAAGGUGCGUGCCCUGGAGCUUCUCAACCAGCAGCUGGAGGAGCAGAUCAGACAAUGCCUGGAUCGUAAGGCGUCCAGCGCCGGAGCCUGGGGUCCCCUCAGACAGGACUGGGAGGAUGUCUACAGACAGGUAAGGAAGGGGGGAGAAGGAGGGAGUGGAGGAUGAUGGGUAGAAAGGUUACAGAUAGGUAAGGGGGAGAAAGGUAGAGCAGGGAGGAGAGGGGUAGAGAAGGACUAGGAGGACAUCUACAGACAGUUAAGGAAGGAAGAGGGAGAGAGAGAGGGAGUUGAGUAUGAUGGGUACAGACUGGUAAGAAGGGAAAGAGAAAGGGAUAAGAGAAGGGAAGAUAGAACGGGAGGAGAGGGGUAGAGAAGGACUGGGAAGACACAUAUGGACAGGUAAAGAAGAGAGGGAGUCCUAGAAUGAAGUUAAGAAAGCUCCUGCUGAUCCGGCAGUGCAGCAUUUUACUGUUCUGUGCCUCCGACCUGAUGGGAGUAGGUUGAAGCACUGAUUGAGUGGGUGGUCGGAGCUGGAGAUUGUGGCGGGAUUUGCGCUGGAUAGUGUGUUCAUUUAAAAGUGACAGUUUUGGAAUGGGGAGUCUAACUUUGAUGCAGUGUUUAUGAUCCUCAAUUGUUUAUUGCACUGUGAGGCUGUUAGCAUAUUUUGUCUUUUUAUUUACCUUUAUUUAACCAAUGGAAACCCAUUGACACCAGCGUCUCAUUUUAUAAGGGUGCCCUGGGAACAAUACAUCAACAUGAUCAGCCUCAAUAAAACACUAUAAAUGUACAAUGACACAUUACAACAAAUCAAAUUCAAAAGUGACAGAUACAAUUAUACAUCAAUCAAAACAUAAAUCAAAACAAGUGCAAUUCUCCUUCACCACAUUCCUCAUCAAAGUCCCGCACUGACUCUUCAAGACCAGAGAGUCAAGCCUCAAAGUGGCCUGCAGUUCAUUCCAUGCACUAGGGUCACAAUAACUAAAAGCAAUCUUCCCGGACACUGUGGAGACCCACUGUACCUCUAGAGCCAGUUAAGAAAUGAUGUUGAAGUAUUGCAGUCUUCCAUAGAUGAGGUGGAAUGCACUAUGAUGCCAUUAUAAUGCACUCUAAGACUUGGCACAGGCAUGCAUGGCCCCCCUUGUAAUCAGUGAUGUAGUGAGUAAACAAAACAGGUAGGUAAACGCUGACCACCUUUCGUGGUUUAUAAAGUAACGCGGUUUUCAUAUAGGGAGUCUGGUCUUAUUAUCAUCUGAUAAUGAGCCUGACUUAAUAACAGCUAUUUUGAGUCCGUUGAAAAUGACCUGCAUAGAGAGACUUAACAUACCAUAAGCCUUAUAAUUAGACAUUGUAAAGGCGCACACAUGCUUAUAACAAGUAAUAGAGCAUUAUACCUGUAUGUAGAAUACCCAUUUAUCGAAAAAUUCACCCUACGUUGGACUCAGAACAUCUGUUGCACCCUACUGGACAGACUGACAUAUUGCAAGAUCUCCCACACAGGUUAGUGAGUCCAUCCUUGACAAUGCCAGGCUAAUGCUACAGACAGAGAAUGUGCAGGCCAACGCUGAGGACUUCAAGGACCGGUGAGCAUACACUCUCCUCGCAUCCUCUCCCCUCACAUCCUCUCUCCUCACCUCCUUCCCAAAAUGUCAGAACCUGGGGAAUCGAGGAGAGCAUGGAGAAGAACACCUUGAUUUUUGAGAUUCACUUUCUCUCUGUCCUGUAGGUAUGAGAAUGAGCAGCCCUUCAGGAAAGUGGUGGAGGAGGAGAUUAGCUCUCUGUACAAGGUGAUUGACAACGCCAACCUGACCAAGUCAGACCUGGAGAGCCAGAUGGACAGCAUGAGGGCUGAGCUCCGAGACCUGGCCCGCAACCACGAGGAGGUGGGUCAAGCAUGAAGGAAUGGAGCACAUAAUGGGGUUUUUAGUGUGAGAUAUUAGAGAAAGGGAUAUUCCCAUCAAAAUACAAUCUAACAUUACUUUUCCCACUUAGUUCAAUCCCCAAGACAGUUAUUGGGUAUUCAUUUAGUUUACUUACCCAGCAUAGAAAUAAAUGGAGCACAUAUGAACCCUAACUGCUAGCAUUUCCAUAGGAUUCCUUUCUUGUGGGGUUUUAAGUUUUAAGACAAAAUGUCCACUGACAAUCAUUUACCUCCAACCCAGUGAAAGCCCACACCUCAUCCAGCUAGUUGUUAUUUAAAAUCAGAUGAUUAAGAUCAAAUUGAUUCUAUGAAUCCGGUGUAUUACUGUUUUCCCAUGUGUUCUGCUGCCCCCUUCAGGACGUGAGGGUGCUCUACAACCAGAUGGCAGGCCAUGAGGUGGACGAGCCGGACGCUCCCAUUGAGACCAAUCUGGACCAGAUACUGGCCUACAUCCGCUCCCACUGGGAAAGAGUCAUCGAGAAGAACCGUGCCGAGACCGAUGCCUACCUGGAAUUCAAGGUAAGUUCAUACUGUGGUUCCCCAUGCAUACAACCUUUAACACCUGAAUAAACAGGGGAGAAAUCAACUAUUUACUUUUGAUAAAUGUGUAGUGGACAUUAGUUGUUUAUCUAUUCCAUGGGGUCAGCUUGAGGUUUAUUGUGUCUACUAGGGGCCAGUCAAAACAAACGGAAUACACCUGCCCUUUGACAUAGCUUGACGGCUGUACAUUUGUGUGGUGUGUGUGUGUGUGUGGUGUGUGUGGGUGGGUGCGUGCGUGCGUGCGUGUGUGCAUGAGUUCAGCAGGCGGAGAGUGUGGGCUGUAAGCUGAGUCGUGAGGAGGAGGAGCUGGAGAGUCUGAAGACGGAGUGUAAUGACGCUGGCUGUAAGAUCCAGAGUCUGCAGGCCGAAACAGAGUCCAUCAGAGCACUGGUACGAAUUGUGCUGCCACCUCGACAGUGUCCCUAUAUAGGGCAACGUUUCUGGGGACAGCUCCACCACCAAUAGUGUGUAUGUCAGUGGAGGCUGGUGGAGGUAGAAAUAGGAAGGACGGGCUAAUUGGAAUGGUUGGAAUGGAACAAAUGAAACACAGAGUGUGUGUGUGUGUUUUGGAGGUGUCAACUGCAUCAACUGUGUCAACUUGCUCCAACAGAAGCGCGGUCUGGAGAACUCCCUGAACGACGCCAAGCAUUGGCAUGACAUUGAGCUGCAGAACCUGGGAUCCGUCAUUGGCAAGCUGGAGUCGGAGCUGGGCGACGUCCGCGGCGACAUUGAACAGCAACGCUGUGACUAUGAGACGUUGCUAGGCAACAAAAUGCGCCUGGAGCUGGAGAUCGGCACCUACCACGGCAUCUUGGAUGGGGAGGAGAGCCGCUACCACCCCUCAAUGUGAGUAGCUAACUUCAGAGGUAACCUUCGAGGCAAAGUCAAUUUCAAAAAAAUAAGAUUAAUAGCCCAGCAGGACAAAAUACCAUUAGCACAUGACUUCUUAAUUAUAUAAUUUUUAUAAUUUUUAUAAUAAUAUUAUAGCAACAGUGCUUGACUUGGUCUGAAAUUGGUUCCGGACCUCAUUUUGGGAGCCGGUGCUGUUUCAUAUUUAGGUGCAGGAGCUCCACAAUACUUUUGAGUUAAUAUUCUAUAAGAGGAACAGGAGCUCAAGCAGUAGAACAUUUUAGGUGCCGGUACUCAGCUCUGGUGAAAUCCUGCUCAAGUCAAGCACUGGAUAUCAAGGUGAACUCCACGCAAUAUAUUCCAAUGGGUGAGAUUUCAUGACCUCCUUUGACACGGUGUUCCUCUCAACAGGUGCACAGGUGCAUCAGAGCCUGAGGGGAGACAAACUCCCCUUCCUCCCCAUUCAGAGCCCUGCGGCAGCUCAGCACCCCAAGGUAAAGUCUACUAGGAGGAGCAAAGCACUCUUCAUGAUAUUAAAAUGGCUCUAUUGUGGUGGCAAGUUCAAUAGAACAAUAUCUUAAAAACUCAGACUUUUUUCUGAAUGUGAAGCAUUCAUCAGGGAGAACAGCCUGAUUGUUUAGAAUAUUGACAUAUACAGGUAACUGCCAAAAUAAAGAAUGGUGUCGAAUCCCUGCUAUAAGAGUUCGGGGCAGCACUUGGAGACUCUAUGCCAGGGUACAUUGAAGCUGUUCUGGUGCCUGGGCGGGGUGUCGAAUCCCUGCUAUAGAGUUCCAGACACUUGGAGACUCUAUGCCAGGGUACAUUGAAGCUGUCCUGGUGGCUCUGGCGGCUCGUGGUGGCCCAACGCCCUAUUAAAACACUUUAUUUUGAUGUUUCCUUUAUUUUGGCAGUUACCUGUAUAUCUCUUCCUAAAGCAUAUCCACGUACAGAUCACAAUGAUCUUGAUUUCCGCAAACAUUUCACACACCUCCAUGUGUAAACUGACUGGCGUGUGAGCGAUGUGGACGUUGUUCCCUGUUUCUGGGAGCAUCUUCCAAGUGCUAGUCACCCUUGUAGAAACCAAUAGGGGUAAGACGUUGUUGUUAGGUUGUUUGUAAUUAUGGCGGACCAGGAGUGACAAACUCUUUUUAAAAAAUGUAUAAAUUAAUAAUGAAAAUGUAUUCAAAUCAAUGUAUAUAUUUCCUCAUCAGUUUUCAAAUGUUUUAUUUGUUUAUUAAUUUAGAAGUGCAUUAUUAAUGCAUUAAUAGUCAAUUACUUUUAUAAUUUAAUCAUUGGUUUAUGUUCACAUUUAUUUAUUUAUUUAUUUUCUUGUCACUCCUGGUCCUCCAUACUAGUAUGAAAAAAUGUAUGCACUCACUAACUGUAAGUCGCUCUGGAUAAGAGCGUCUGCUAAAUGACUAAAAUGUAAAUGUAUUAGCUUGUUGGUUCAUUGGGGACAGAAAUCAUUUCUGCAAGUGCAGACACAAAUUCUCACCUUUCUUCAUACUAUUUCAAAACAAUAUAUCUUUAAUAUACAUUGUUCAAGUCCUUUAUACUUGAUUUGAUUCAUUAGGAUCUGCAUUAGCCAACUCCAAUGGCGACAGCUAGUCUUACUGGGGUCUGACACUAUUCCGGUAUAAUGAACUACUUAUUAUGUAUUUUUUGUCUUAUCAGGCUCCAACACAUCUAGUCACUAGUGGAAAGACUGAGAACCAUUUGGGGACAUGGCUACUUCUUAAUGAUGGAGCUCAAGUUAUGAUUGGGUUUGGAAUAACACCAAUGAACAUGAAGCUCUCACACCGUUGAUCUCCAAGGUAUCUGUGCAAAGUUUCCUUCAGAGACCAUGUUCUUACUAAAGAGUUUAAUAAAAUCAAAACCUCUGCAAGAAA